AUGGUAACCAUGGAAGACAAGUCAAUUUUUGACUUGGAGAAAGAAAUUUUAAACAAAUUCAGACAUUUCAUGACAAGGUUUACAAAGAUUGAUGAGUUGGGAACUGCUGGAAGCAAGCUAUUGUCCGGUUUUCAACAAGCAUUAGAGUUUAUUCGGAAGCCUCCUAUAGAUACAAGUUCUAAAUUAGUCAACAGCAUCAUUAAAGCUAAUGAAACCGAAAGACUUAAGUCCUAUGUCAACUUUGAAAGUAAGAACCGCAAAGAUGUUGACCAGAAUGCCACCAAUUUGGGCUCAUGUAAACAUAGACUUCUUCUCCAGAUAAGACAAGUGAAGGUAGUACUUGAUGAACUUGAAGAUAUACAGGCUAAUGUACAAAAUGUUAUGCAAAGUAUACAUGGAAAAUUAUCAUCCCUUUCAGAUACGGAUAUGGAUUUUAAAUUGAAUGAGCAAGCAAUCUAUGAUAAUUUGGACGAAAAUACUGCUUUCUGUCAUUCUACAACUAGAAAAGUUAAGAAAAAUAGUGAUCCCACACAUUUAGCUGCUCUGAUGGUUGCUGUAUACGGUAUGGUUCAGCAAGACUAUUUGAUGCAGGAAAGGAUCGUUUCUGCAUUAGAUCUGAACGUGUCAUCGGAAGAACUGGAAAGCUACUGCCUAAUGUGGUCUUUGCGUCCCUUCAUAAACGAUGAACUAGUGCAUGAGGCAUGGAAAUAUAUUCACUGA